UAAAUUGAAAAAACUGUAUAUCUAGUUCAUCAACGUAAGAAAAUAAAUGUGUGAAGGGUGAAUCGUCAAUGAUGAAGACGUGCUAAGUGGGUUAAACGUUCUAUAUGACCAUGGGGUCAUCUGUACAAAGAAACACCUUUUUAUGGCAUAAUGGAAAACGAUGAAAGAAAAGAUCCCUAAUUUCUAUUUUCUGUGUGUUGUUUGGAGAAAUGGGGGCAGAAUACAAUAGGUGAGAAACUAAGGGCGAGCUCCAUUCAAGAGGGUUUAGUCGAACGAUUCCGUUCUCUCUCCUCGAUCCGAUUUGAAGAAACAGAGAGGAAGAGCGUGAUGCGAGGAACUGGAGGACCUCUUCUUUGCAUUGGCGAUCUUCUCUGCGAUGUCGGAGAAGACGAAGCCGUAGAAGGAAAGGGUUUGAAUGAAACCCCCAGAUCAAUUCCAUCUCCAUCUUCUUCCUCUUCUUCUGUUUCCACCACAAUUUUCGACCUAUCUCAACCCCCCGAUCUCCCCAAACUCUUCCAGGAAAAUUACGACCAAUUGAACAAAGUAUUUGAUGAUAAUGAUCACUCAUGGACUGCUUUGACAUUGAAGAUGUGCAGUGCUCUUGAUACUGCUACCAAGUUGGUUGAAUCAACCAACUCGAAUUCAAGAUUUUUGUUGGAGAAGAUUGUUGAGCUUGAACAUGUUUUGGAAAAGGGAGAUGCUACAAGAGAGGCAGCCAUGGCCAUCCAAACAAGCUAUAGCUCUCAUGUUGCUCAAGACUCCAUUUCUUCUCUGAAUGAAGGUUAGCAUAGGCUUGUACUUCAAAGGUUUUCUCAUUACUGAAGCCUGAUGGAAAUUUAAUCUUCAUAAAUGCUCGUUUAGGGUAAUUUACAUAUUCACAGCUUUGAUUCAUGCUCUUGUUUUUCUUAUGCGGUAGGGUGUUGUUGAGAAAAUUUUGUUUUCUAAUUAUUUGUCAUCAUAUUUUGAUUGGAUUAGAAUUAGUAAUUCGACUAAAUAGAAUAAGGUUUAUAUUGUAUUUUGGUCCCUAAAAGUUCUUUCCACUGUCCUUCCUGAAUUUUCAAAUAUUCAUUUUAGUUCUUCAACAUAAAAUGUUCUAUUUUGGUCCAAA